AUGGAGCAAUAUAUACACUUCGGACUGGCCGCACCAAUCUAUACACAUUUCACGUCACCAAUUCGUCGAUAUGCCGACGUGAUGGUGCAUCGUUUGCUGGCCGUCUCAAUCGGUGCAGAUUCAUCUUAUCCGAAUAUGCUGAAUGGCGAUUUGGUCCAAAAAAUCUCAUUGAAUCUGAAUUACAGACAUAAACAAGCACAAUAUGCGAGCAGAGCAUCGAUAUUGUUGAAUACACUUCUUUACUUCAAAGGACGUGCUGAAAUUCAUGAUGGCUUCAUUAUGGGAAUACGUAAAAAUGGUAUUCAGGUAUUCGUGCCGAAAUAUGGGCUGGAAUCGGUGGUUGUAUUUCCGGAAGGAUCGGACUAUGAAAUAACAGAUGAAUAUUUCAAGGCGAACAAUACACGAGUUGAUUUGUUCGCGAGAGUUACCGUUGAAAUAUCGCUGAAUGAAUCUAAUUUACAACACAUUCGCUUGCAAAUGAAACUCGUAAAACCAAAAAUUGACGGCUUCAGUGUGGAUUAUAUCUUAUCUGCACCAGAGGAAUGA